CUCUCUAAAACUAGACACUGCAGCGCUGCAGCCUGCUACUGAUACUCGAGAGGAAACGUUCACGAGUGCAUCUUCAGUGCAUAUUUCCCUGCAGUAAAUUUCUGCCUGUGACGACAUAGUGGAGUGUCCAUCGUCUUUGCACAAACCCAUCCGCGGGGAAAAGCUCCUUGGAAAGCAAAUCUGAAGCCAUUGGAGUAGGACCUUCGCCCGCCAUGGCUGCUUCUUCUUCUUCUUCCUCCUCCUCCUCGUCCUCUUCCUCCUCCUCGUCCUCUCCGUCCUCCUCCACCGACCCGGACUACAAGGUCACCAACUCCGACCUCGCGGACGACGCCGCCGGCGUCGAGCCCCCGUCGUCGGACGAGGAAUCCCUCUCCGUCUUGCGCACGCAGGGCCACGUCGACGCGGUGUGCAGGAAAUACGGCAUCCCCAAGGACCAGUACACCGCCCUCCCCGCCGGCGACCUGCGCGCGAGCUCGUCCCCGCCGCGUGGCGCCGUCUGCGUGUACGCGCACGCGCUGGAGGCCGGGAUGCGCGUCCCUCUGCACCGGUUCUUCGUCGACGCGCUCAACCACUUCGGACUCGCGCCCACGCAGCUCGCGCCCAACGGGUGGCGCAUCAUGGCGGGAUUCGUUGUCCUCUGCCGCUCCGCUGGCGCGCGCUGCAUGUCUUUGUUGGCUGCGGGGAACAAUGCUGCUGUCUACUACGGCCUGCUAGCGAAAUCUGGUUUACGACCGUGA